UUGAGGUGAAAAUUUUCAAAACAUCAUCAAAAGAUAGUUUUCUAGAUUUAAUGUCAUUCUCAACCAAUAUAAGUAUUCUUUGAUCUGUGUUGAUCAUAGUUCAUUUACUACUGAUUUAGGAACCACAAAGGAACAAUGAAAGAUACAUUGUGUUAAUUUAACUGGACUGAAAAAAAGAAAUUCUAUUAAAGAAAGACUUCAAUAUGCAGAAGAGAUACUUCCAGAUAUACUAAAUUCUGCCCAUAACCCUUUAGGAGGAAAUAUGUGGUGGGCUGAAUCUGAAAAUCCUUGGCAAACUUUGGCUUGUUGUAUUGAAAUAUCUCAUGCUUUACAAUUAGAAAAUCCAGAAAACUUUAUUUCUCAUUUCCCUGUUCAUCAAGAUGGAUCAUGUAAUGGUUUGCAACAUUAUGCUGCAUUAGGUAAAGAUUUAGCAGGAGCAGUGAGUGUCAACUUAACUCCUUCAGAUGUACCACAAGAUGUGUAUAGUUGUGUUGCAGCUAUGGUCGAAAGAGAACGAUCAAAAGACGCUGCAAAUGAUGUAGAAAUUGCAAAAURUUUAGAUGGAUUUGUUAGACGUAAAGUAAUUAAACAGACUGUAAUGACAACAGUUUAUGGUGUAACUAGAUUUGGUGCUCGUUUACAAAUUGCUAAACAAUUGAAAGAUAUUGAUUCAUUUCCUAAAGAUAAAGUCUGGUCAGCUUCUACUUAUUUAGUGGCAAAAACUUUUGAAAGUUUAAGAGAAAUGUUCACUUCUACAAAAGAGAUACAAGAUUGGUUUACAGAAUGUGCCCGUGUAAUAUCACAAUCAUGUGGUCAAAGUGUAGAAUGGAUAACACCAUUAGGAUUACCAGUAGUCCAGCCAUACAACCGUAGAAAUAAAAGUCAUGAUUAUACCAAGAAAUCUAGUAUGAAAAUGGGAGAACAUUUUAUAUUGGAUAUGUAUGAUCGACCAAAUGUGAUGAAACAAAAAAAUGCAUUUCCUCCAAAUUUUAUCCACUCGUUAGAUUCCAGUCAUAUGAUGUUAACAUCUCUUCACUGUGAACGAGYGGGUAUCACAUAUGUAUCAGUACAUGACUGUUUCUGGACACAUCCUAAUUCUGUUGAGAUUAUGGGAAAAAUUUGUAGAGAACAGUUUGUAGCAUUACAUAAUGAACCAAUUCUAGAAAAUUUAUCUAAUUUUAUGAUUAAAAAAUAUGAACUUCCUACUUAUGAUAUAACAAAUGAUACUCAAGAUAUGUUAAAUAUUUUUCAACAGUUACCUAAAAAAGGAGAUUUUAAACUUAAUAAUGUUCUAAACUCUAUAUACUUUUUUAGCUAA